AUGGAAAUAAAUAUCUUUCCGGAUCAAUCUACUUCGAACGAAAUUCCUUCAGGCCAAGAAACUAAUCCAAAUAACUCAGAAAUACAAAUUCAUCAACUACCUUGUAGCAUUUAUCAUAAUGGAAGAGCAAAUAUCGAAAAUUAUUUCGUGGUAAACCCGAUUUUUCAAGAAGAACCUCUUUACGAAACAUUUUUCCGUGGGCGUCGCCUUGUAGGCAGAUGCGUCAUGUUGGACGAUAAACAUGAAGGUUGCAUAUUUAAAGAAUCAUCACAUACACUCAAUAAACCUAGUUCAUUAACAACAAACGAGGAAAUUGAAGAAACACGAAGUUGGGAAACUUCUCAUAAAUUUCAUUCUUUCAUGGUAUGGGAACAUGACACAGUUCCUCUACCAUCAAACAAUAGAUUGUUAAGCUCCCUAGAUUGGUUGGAAAUCGCCAAUGUUGUAAGUUCAUGA